AUGAAUAAUUCUACUAAUAUUAACAAACUUGAAUAUUGUGAAAAAAAUGGCAUCGUUUGCUCUACUGUUGAUAACAGCAAUGUUCAUGAAAAUGGUGGAAAUAGAAGUUGUAGUGAAAUAAAUAAUGCCUCAAUGGUUAAUUCUAAUCAUGUCAAUCGAAUUAAAAAAGAAUCUACUGCUUCUAAUAAUCGUGUUAAAAAAGAAAAUUUAAAAACUGUUCCAAUAAUUGAUUUUGACUCUCUCCAUUCGAAUGAUGAUAUAUCAUCACUAAAGUCUCACCAAUCACUUUUGAGAAAAGUAAUUGAAAUGGAUUUUGGAGAUGAACAUGAUUCUGGCACAUUUGUCUUAUCUAAAAAAACUUUGAAGACAGUUAUUAGUAAAUUGGAAAACAAGAAAAAUGAAAAAAGAAUUGAGGAAGUUGAAAUCAUCUUAUACAAGUCUAUUAGUUAUGCUUUGAGAAAAAACGAAGAAGAAUUUGAUAGAUUAGAAUUUAUGGAAAAAAUUGAAAAAUACCUUAUAAAACUUUUAAAAUUACCAAUUAAUUUCUCCUUAAGAAAAACUUUGUUUAGUUUUAUCUUCUUGAUUACUUCGCAUCCAAAUGUAAGAGAUAGUUUUGUAAUCAGAAACCAAAAAUUAGUAGAAAUGAUUGGUUACAACACUUAUAUGGAACAUUUUGUUCCAAUUUUGAUGGUAGCUAUCAGAGAAAAAAUUCCAGAUGAUGAGAGUUCUGAAUUUAGAAUUAUGGUUAAGUUAUUGUAUAAAAGAUUAUGUUCUAAUUUUAAUUACAACAUCUUACCAUUAGAUAAUUCAAUUUUUAGUGUUGAAAAUGCUGUAGAACAUCUUUUUAAUGUUGUUAAAGAAGAAGGUGUUGAACGUGCCAUGAAUAAUACAAUUAAUUAUGACAUUGUAAAAGAUCUUACAUCAAAAUUAGGUACAGUUUUUGAUGAUAAUAAUGAACAACUUUCAACUAUUUCUUUUUCAUGGAGUACGAAAAGAACAUUGUUUUCUAUUGGACUUGUUAUCAAUCAAAUUGGAUUUUAUGUUUUAAGACAUGGCACUUAUACUCCAAUGUUUGUUCAUGAAAUUAAAAUAUGGAAGAAAAUUAUUGAUUAUCUUGUUAUUUCUGAAAAUCCUAAAAGAAAUGAGCCUUAUUAUUCAAGACUGACUACGAUUUUUGGUACUUUAGAAGAUUAUAGAAAGAAAUAUAAAAGUAUUCUUGAUUUAUUUUUGAUCGCAUUAGCAAACAAAAGUAAUAAGUAG